UAGAAACGUCAAAUCAGGGGUUUACAUCCAGGGAACAAAAGCGGAAGAAAGGUAUACGAAGUAUACAGGGACUAAGCCUAAAGAUCAAUUUUUUUUUUUUGCCGUAGAAUUGUACGAUCCAGAUCUGAGGAGCCUCUGUUUUUUUUUUUUCAUUGGCCGCCAAUAACGAAUCUUGCUCGUUUUUGGGAGUCCUGUCUACGAAGCCUGCUUUCUGGGAUUUUUUUUUGUAUCUGACCAAACGUUUCCUUGAAUUUGUGUUAGUUUGAUCUGUAAUCUGUGUUGAAGAAGAUUGCUAUGUCUGGAAUAUUGGGUCGUAAAAUGGCCUCUACGGGCAUUUCUUCUCUGAUUGCAAAUCGGCUUUUGGUGAGAAGCAGGCAAUUUGCAUCCCGAAGCUUCUCUUCAACCGCUAAAGAGAUGACAGUGCGUGAUGCCUUGAAUUCAGCACUUGAUGAAGAAAUGUCUGCAGAUCCUAAGGUCUUUUUAAUGGGUGAAGAGGUUGGUGAGUACCAGGGAGCAUACAAGAUUUCAAAAGGGCUUUUGGACAAGUAUGGCCCAGAGAGAGUUCUUGAUACACCUAUCACUGAGGCUGGAUUUACUGGGAUUGGAGUGGGUGCUGCUUACUAUGGGCUGAAGCCUAUUGUAGAAUUCAUGACAUUUAACUUUUCAAUGCAGGCAAUUGAUCAUAUUAUUAAUUCUGCUGCAAAGUCGAACUACAUGUCUGCUGGUCAGAUAUCCGUGCCUAUUGUCUUUAGAGGACCCAAUGGAGCUGCAGCUGGUGUUGGUGCCCAACAUUCUCAGUGCUAUGCAGCAUGGUAUGCUUCAUGUCCAGGACUUAAGGUUCUAACCCCCUACUCCUCCGAAGAUGCUCGUGGCCUUCUCAAAGCUGCUAUUAGGGAUCCAGACCCCGUUGUUUUUCUUGAAAAUGAAUUGCUAUAUGGUGAGUCUUUCCCUGUUUCAGAUGAAGUUCUUGAUUCUAGUUUCUGCCUUCCAAUUGGGAAAGCUAAAAUUGAACGUGAAGGAAAAGAUGUGACAAUCACCGCCUUCUCAAAAAUGGUUGGCUAUGCUCUAAAGGCUGCUGAGGUUCUUGCAAAGGAAGGAAUCAGUGCUGAGGUCAUAAAUUUGCGCUCCAUCAGACCUCUCGAUAGAUCCACAAUCAACUCUUCUGUUAGGAAAACUAACAGACUUGUAACUGUUGAAGAAGGAUUCCCCCAACACGGUGUUGGUGCUGAGAUCUGUGCAACUGUUGUUGAGGAGAGCUUUGGAUACCUUGAUGCACCUGUUGAAAGGAUAGCAGGAGCUGAUGUUCCUAUGCCGUAUGCAGCAAAUCUUGAAAGGCUGGCUGUUCCCCAGGUUGAAGACAUAGUUCGUGCAGCAAAGAGGGCAUGUUAUAGAUCAGUUCCUAUGGCUGCCACUGCAUAGGAAAUUUGGGAUUGACAUUAUAAUUGUAUUCCAAUGCUGGUCUCUUUUUUUCUUCAUCUAAACCUAUGUUUAGAUCUACACCCUCUUUUGAGGAUAUUUAUUCUUUGUCCACAUUGAUAUUGAUAAGACACUUUCUCGGUUUCCUUGCAAUGCUUGCCCAUGGACAAGCUGAGUACUGAGAAUCAGUCUCAAAACAAACUUUUGUAAAAGUAUAAUAAUAUGAUUGGGGUAUGGUAUAUUUGCCCCUAGUUUUUAGAUUGCUUCUUCUGGCGCAACCGUUUAAACUGUCAUGCUAAUUGUGUCAUUACUCAUUAGCAGUAUUUUUGCCUGUUUGGGGAAUUCUUAAGUUCUGCCAAAAAUGAUUCCAGCAGAAUAUCUGAGAUUGUUAUUUCAGCUUCACCUAGUAACUUUUGGGGAUUGAUGCUUCGUGUUUUUGUUAUAGGGAAUUAAGUUCUCC